UCAUAGGAAUUAUUGAUAUAGUAGAAUUCCAUAUUAAAUAACACCAUGAACAAUAGUUUCUUGUUAUUUUUUGUUCUAUUUUUCACUACCAAGACGAUUAAUGCCGGAUUAAUAGAUUGCCCACCAAAUUCAGAAUUGAGGAGCCUUGGAGGAUCUAACUGCUACACUCCCGUACCUACGUGUCAAGAUCCAAACCCAUCGAAUGUUACUAAUCCGGAUGGCAUUUGUUUCACAGAUUUAGUAAGCGGGUGUUGGUGUAAUGACGGAUACUUAAUGAAUGAUAACACAUGUGUGCUCAAAGAAAAUUGUCCUUAAGAGAAUAUGAGUGUGAUAUAAUAUUUAGUUUUCGUGGAACUAGAUAUGUUUAUACAAAUAAACGUUAAAUAGCU